AUGUCGACAAACUGGGCAAUUGAAAACACGCCUCAUCUUCCUUCCAACCAGCGCUACUCCUGGAUGGAGGUUCGUGGUGUCUGGAGACGUGCUGUCGUCCCGUUUGACCGAAGCACUCUCCUCCGUCCUGCUACCCAUGAGCUUCCGGACAUCCCUGGCGGCCGCACUGAACGUUUCCAGCCUCAAUACCACUCCAGGGAAUUCCUCAACGUGCAUGCAAUCAUCCAAUACCACUUUGACUGUUCCUGGUUCAGUGUUUAUGCUACCAGCACGCCUCCUGGAUAUGUCGAAACUGAUUGGGUCUCCAUCAUCCGCGAGGUCAACCGACCCCCGCAAUACAUCGACCUCUCUGACUCGGACGCCUCAGACGCCGGCGAUCAUAGUAUCAGAUGCCUACUCUGCACCCGUCGUCAACUUCGCGUCAACUUUGUGGGCUGCACCCAUGGGAUGUGCAAGUCCUGUGUCAAGAAGUUGUAUUGGUCCAGGUGUGCGGAUUUUGAUCACUGGCCGGAGGGGAUCAGAUGCCCGUGGUGCAGGCAUGAAGUGACGGAGUUGGAUGUUGGUGGGGGGGAGAUCGAUAGGGUGCCGACUUAUAUACUGUAUGUCAGUAUGCGGGCACUCAAGAGGCUCGAGAACGCGAAGAUUCAUAGGAUCGUUCCAGUACAUAUGAGAGAGUGGGCGUUAGAAGCUGCCUUUAAGUUUUCGCUCCCGAAACACCGUUACAUGUUCGAGAACCAUGAUCACGAUGCGCAGGAGUAA